GAGGCUUUGACCCUUGACCCUUGUUCUUUUCACAGAUAUUUGCCCCCAUCAUGAUCUCCCAGCGUGGGGUGGUCUCGUUCUUGGCCUGCCUGUUACUCCUGGCAACGCUGCUUCCUGACGUUCAGUGCCGUCGGGGUGGUAGUUUCGGACGUGUUGCCGGUGGGAUGGGUCGCGGUGGAGGAGGAUGGGGAGCAGGAGGAGCUAACCGAGGAGGCUGGGGAGGAGCGAGCCACGGCCACCCCCAUGGCCACCCCCACGGUCACCCCCACGGUCACCCCAACACCCACAGAGCCCCUCCUGUCCACACCGGAGGUCACAGCUCCUCCGGCCCCAGCGCUGGGAAGAUAGCAGGGGCGGCUGCAGCCGGAGCUUUGGGCGGUAUGGUGCUGGGGCACGGCCUGAGCUCCAUGGUCCAGCCUGGGUAUGGCCAUGGCCACGGCUACGGCUAUGGGGGGUACGGGCAUGGGUAUGGCCAUGGGCACAUGGGUGGACACGGCUACCCCCGACACGGCAGCGAACACCAUGGACACACAGAUGCAAACGAGACGGACUCAGAGUACUACAUAGAUGCGGCCAGCAGCGGGUCUGUGUACAGCUGCGUUUUGCUGUUUGGGGCAGCCGUGUCCUUCACGCUCGGACACUGGCUCUCAUAG